AACUGUCUCUGUGACCCGGCUCUGGGGGCUCGGUCUCCGGCUCCAUAAGUAGCGUGGCCCCGCCAGGAUCCGGACACGGGGACGGCGGGUCCAGGAAAGGACGCCCACGUCCGCACGAUGUGGGACAUCCUGGAAGCCCUCCUCUUCCUGGUCCUCGCCACACUGUGGGGCCUUCAGUGGCCUCUCCCAGACAAGGGUUUCACCAUCAUCUUCCUCGUGUUCCUGCUCUGGGAGAUCCACUGGGGCCAACUGAAAUGGUUGACGACAGAAGAAACAAGAGAUAAUGUGCGUCGUCCCGAUCCGCAGCCGGAGGACGCGCCGGAAAAAGUUCUGAGGAUGUUGGAGAUAUGUGACCGAAAUCUCAAGGAAAUUCUGCAUCUCCUGAGAUGGCACGACCCGGACACGUCGUCCGAGGAAUCGGACUGCACCGUCUGCCGGCGCCGUAGCGAAAGAGCCCGGGGCCGGUCAGCGGAGGACGGCACUUUCCGCUCCACGGAUUCACCGCCCCUCGCCGGCAAGGAGAGGGCGACUCGACCCCAAACGUCCCUUCGUGGAUGCAGGGGCUCAGAAAGUCACCCUCUCCGGGUGAGCGGUCUGGAGUCGAGAAGUCACCCUCCCCGGGCGAGCGGUCCGGAGUCAAGAAGUCACCCUCCUCGGGCCAGCGGUCCAGAGUCAUCGAUUCACCCUCCCCAGGCCAGCGGUCCGGGGUCAAGAAGUCACCCUCCUCGGGCCAGCGGUCCAGAGUCAUCGAUUCACCCUCCCCAGGCCAGCGGUCCGGGGUCAAGAAGUCACCCUCUGUGGGCGAGCGGUCCGGGGUCAAGAAGUCACCCUCCCCGGGCCAGCGGUCCAGAGUCAUGGAGUCACCCUCCCCGGGCCAGUGUUCCGGACUCAAGAAGUCACCCUCGCCGGACCAGCGGUCCAGGGUCAGAAAGUCACCCUCCCUCGGCGAGCUGCCUGGGGUCAAGUCAUCCUCCCCGGGUGAGCCUUCCGGAGCCAGUAUCUCAUCCUUCCCGGGCCAGCGGUCUGGGCUCAAGAAGUCACCCUCCCCGGGCGAGCAGCCAGGGGUCAAGAAGUCACCCUCCCCAGGCUAGCGGUCCGGGGUCAGGACCUGACCUCAAAGGGGCUCAACUGGCUCAGGUGAAGGAGGUUCAGCAGGUGCAGCAGCCAGUCUGCCCGCUCUCUGGCCAGAGGAGCUCAGAGGACUCACCUGAGAGAGUCCUCAGGGUCGUGUACCCGGAACCGGAGGAGUCGUGGAUCGAGCCCCAGACCUCGCCCCAGAUCCCUCACCCCCGCCGGGCCUCAUUCCUCGUCCCCAACGGACACGGCGCCCCGGGGCCUCUCGGCUCGGCGGAGCGCUCGGGGCAGACCACCGCCACCCGCCCAGAUUGCCGGCAGAGAGGGGGCAAGGUGGACCCGGCGCCAUCUUCCCAGACGGGAAUCACUCCGAAGGCCGCAACCCGGACACCCGCAAGAGCUCCGGGCCCAAGAGGGGAGAGCGGGUGGGCCCCUCGCCCGAUGUGGGGGCCGGUUCUCCCGGCGAAGAGAGCUCCAGCCUUUCCGCGGGGCCCCCGCCUGCCAGAGUAUCGGGCCACGGGAUGCGGGGCAUCACCGGCGGACCCCACGACGGCCGCGCCCCGAGCCUCCCCGACGGGAGAGAGAAGACCACGGAGGAACGGAUGGCCCAGUGGCACCAGCCGCACGGGAACGGGGUCGUCCCGUCCCUGGUGAACGGCGGGAGAGACGCCGGCGCCACGCGCCCACCGGCCCCACCUCCCUCACCGGCCCCCCCCAGCUCUCUCCGGCCCCGGACAUCCGGUCCCCGCCGCGCCAACCUCCUCGCCUCCACGUGCCUCGCCACCGAACCCCUGAAGCUGUGGAGGACUGUACAGGAGCGUGACCGGAGGGCGCAGUCCAUCCCCGGAGGCGAGCCGGAGCACCGGAACAGGGAGACCCGAGGAAAACCCGCUAGGCCAGGCGGCCUGUCGGAGGAAUCCCCGGAGGCCCUGGGAUCGGCCUCGCGGCCGAGGCACGCCGCUUUCCACUCCGGUCUCCCGUACGUGUGUCACCUGGACGGGACCGGCCCAGCGUCCCCAGCGUCGCCCAUCCAGCGGGCCGUGUGACCGGAGGGCCGGCCCGCCCUGAUAGAUGCCUCCGAUGGGGCUCGGGGGAAGAUGCCCUUCGAGCCCAUCCCAACCACCAACCCUCCGGCGAAAUCCAUGUCUGGGCAACAUUCCCAGGAAUCCUCGGGCUGGAAAGGACCCGGUAGAAACAACACGGGGGCCCCUGGCCCGGAGAGAGAGGGGCCGAGUCAUCCGGACUGCCGCCCCGCCAACUCAUCCCUCCCCCUCCCCGGAGCUGUAGGCGUCGCCGGGACCCCAGCCAGACUCCAGAGAGGGGAGAAGCACGCCGGCCAACGCCACAGCGGACCCCUCGUGCCUGCCCCUCCAACCAAGGUCCCACCCCCUGCCCAGUCCGAUGGCCUUAGAGCUUCGAACCUGGGCCCGGUGUGGACUAGCAGGACACACGGAUGACACCGGGGGACGUUCCCGGGUGGGUACAGGCGUGGAUCGGCUCAAUCUCCAAACAUCAGACCACGGAAUCGGGCCCCACGGAUCUGCCGAGAGACGCCUCGGGGGAAGGGAAGAAGCCGAGCUCGUCUCCGGCGAACACCGGGCCGUUCUCCCCCGAGGGUCUCUCGCCCCUGCGGGUGGGUUUCUCCAGUCUGCUGAGUCAUGGGUCUCACCCCUCUUGACCUCAGAAUCCCUCGAAGGACGUCUUCUCAGGUCCUGGGCCAAAUUGGGCCAAGACCCUCUGAUCUGCAGAACGCUGAAAUGUGGAUGGACCAGAACACGGCUCGGGCUCGGGGGAAUCGGCCCGUCCCUUCUGAAAGAUGGCGUCUGCCAGCAUUCAACAUCAUUGUCUAUUAAACACAGUCAUCUCUCUCUGA